CCCUAUGAGAUUCUGCUGCUUAUUCUAAGUUUUUUGGAUCUUCACUCAUUACUUCAAGCAUCACUUGUCUCCACAGAAUGGUAUGUGUUAUGCAAAGAACAAUGUUUAUGGAAAAACUUGUUUGAAAAAAGUGACUGGACCUAUGACCAAGUUGAAAUGUAUAACUAUCUCCAACAACAGCAGCAACCUUCCAACCAAGUGAACCAGCAUCCACCUUACAUUGACUGGCAGCAAUUGUACAAAAAUCGGUAUGCCAUUGAACAGCGUUGGCUGACAGGAAGUUGCAAAAUAGAGCACUUUCCAGGGAACGAUUGUCCGCCAUCAGAAUUACACACAGAAGGAAUUUACUGUGUUCAGUUUGAUAAAGAAAAGAUGAUCACUGGUAGUCGGGACCAUACGAUUAAGAUAUGGAAUAUAGCUACAGGCCGAUGUCAACAGACUCUUCGAGGACAUAGCGGAAGUGUCUUGUGUUUGCAAUAUGACAACCAACAUAUUGUUAGUGGAAGUUCUGAUGCGACAGUACUUGUUAGUCGCAUCACCACUGGGAGGAUUGAACGUAAAUUAAUAGGACAUGAAGAUAGUGUACUUGGUUUGCGACUUAUCAGCGAUGAUCGAAUUAUUAGCUGUUCAAAGGACCGCACACUCAGGAUUUGGAAUAGAAUAACAGGAAAAUGUCUGCGUGUCCUCAAUGAUCAUCGAGCAGCGGUCAAUUCAGUGCAGUUCAGAGGUAACAUUGCCGUUUCUGCUUCUGGAGAUAGGACAAUUAAGAUUUGGGAUUUGGAAACAGGUGAAUGCCUGAGAACAUUAUCUUCGCAUACUAGAGGGGUUGCAUGUGUGGAAUAUGAUGGUAUACAUAUCGUUAGUGGUUCGAGCGAUCAAACAAUCAAAGUGUGGAAUGCAGAUACUGGUGAAUGCUUAUAUACAUUGUGUGGACAUACUGAGCUGGUCCGCACUAUUCAAUUGGAUACGACAACUAAUCGAAUCAUAAGCGGCUGUUAUAAUGGCCAUAUAAAGCUUUGGGAUUUGAAGCGAGGAAAGCUUUUAAGAGAUCUUGGACAAGCAACGGAUGGAAGAGUUUUAAAUACAAAAUUUGAUUGUACGAAAAUAGUUUGCACUUCCAAUCUCACAAGAGUCAUUAUCUACGAUUUUGCACAUGGAAUUGAUAGAAAAUUCUUGCUUUAG